AUGGAUACAGAAAAUAACGUGGUAGAAAUGGAGAAUGUUUAUUUAAAUCAGGAACCAGAAGAAGAAGAAGAAGAAGAAGAAGAAGAAGAAGAAGAAGAAGAAGAAUUUCAGCCACAAGAACAAGAACAGCUACAACCGGUGUAUGGCUCUUUAGCGUCUUCAAGGCCAACUAGUAAAUCAGACCAGACAGUGCCAUUAAAGGAUUAUGAAGAACUUCGGUUUAAACUCAAGAUACUUGAAGGCAAACGCCAUGAAGACCGAGAAAGAUUUAGAGAGCACGAAAAGGUUAAAGAAGAAGCAGAGCAAUUCUUGACACUUCGAAACAAACUUCAAGAUAAGAUUGCAGAAUUACAGAAAGAUGUGCGUGAUACUAAACGCGAGCUUAAAGAGACAAUGGCUGAAAAGGAGACAUUCGAAUCAAAAUACAACGAUCUACUUGAAUCUAUGGAAAUGCUCACUUUAGACAAAGAAGUGGCAGAAGAAAGAGCAGAAAGCUUACAACAAGAAACCAACAUGCUUAAAGACAGAAUAGAAGAAAUCAGUGUUGAUUUAGACAUUUUGAAAAGAGAAGCUGAUAUUCUGAAUAAACCACCUGAACUAUCUAAUGCUGAAAAUGAAGAAAGAACUCCUCUUGAAGUCAUUCAACUUGAAAGACAUAACGAAAGACUGAAAGAAGCAUUGUUAAGACUACGAGAUGCUACUACAGAACAAGAAAAUGAACUCAACUACAAAAUCAAGACAUUAGAACAAGAAAACUAUGAAUUAGAAGAAUAUAAGCUACAAUAUGAAAAAACUAUGGAAAAGCUGGUCGAGGCAGAAACUUUGGUAGAAGAUUUGAAAAUGCAGCUAGAUGAUGCUUUGGGUGCAGAAGACUUGGUGGAUCAAUUGACCGAAAAGAACUUGAAUUUGACUGAAAAACUAGAUGAACUCAGUGCUACGGUCGAUGAUCUUGAAGCAUUACGUGAACUCGCUGAUGAACUGGAAGAAAACCAUAUUGAGACUGAAAAACAACUUCAAGCAGAAAUUGAUCAUCGUGACAUGUUAUUAAGAGAACAAUUGGAGAGACUAAGAGCAAAUGAAGAAACAGCUGCUGAUUAUGAAGCAACUAUUCAACAAUUUAGAGAACUUGUAGCUCUCUUACAGAACGACCUGAAGGAAUUUAAGAGAAAAGAAGAGAGUGAAGAGUCUGAAAAGCUUACAUUAAGCAGUCAAUCACAAGCCAUGAUGUCCCUUAAUGUCCAACUCCAGACAACGGUGAUGAAGGCUCAAGCAAAAGCUAUUGACAUUGAAUUGCGCAAACUGGAAGCCUCUCAAGCUAAUGAUAGACUCAAUAUGAUUCAGCCUUACCUUCCUGAAUCGUUCUUCAAGACAGAAAACGACCCCAUCUCUUGUCUCCUGAUGUUCAAGCGACUAGAGUUCAAGUCUGCUUUGAUUGUAAAGCAUUUAGACCAAAACUAUCCUAUUAGUGAGAAGAUUAUGAACAAUGUGACAGAAAAUCUAGUGACUAUUUGUGAGAUCAAGCAAAGAGCUGGCUGGUUGAGUUCAUUGGCUACGCGAUUCCAAACUCAUAUCAAAAACUGUGAUCCUGCUACCUUUGCUAUGAUGGGUAAGGUCUAUCAUGAAUUGAUAGGUGUUGAAAGAAGAAUGAAUGCUAUCAUUGAGUUAUUUAGAAUAGAUCAAAUCAAUGAAGCGCAUUGCCUUACAGAACUCCAACGAGUGAUUUCACAAGUAGAGCAUUUAGUUGAGGCUUAUUUGCAGCAACAGCAAGAAAAGAACAAUUCAGACCAGUUCUUUGGUCUCACAAAGGCUUUGGAUUUGAAUGCUGAUCGUAUGAUUGUUGUAUUUACGUUUGCAAAACAAUCAGUAAGUAAUGCUGUCCAGAACGAAGGAUUGGUCAUAAGUGAAGGACUGGUUGAAUUGGACAUGAACUAUCAUGAGCCUCUUGGACGUCUCAUUGCACUUGCAAAGAAUAGUAAAAUUAUUGCCAAGAAAUUGAUGCGCCAGUUGGAAGACAAAUUUGAAGAAGCUAUGACACUCAAGUCAGAGCACUUGCAUCGGUUCAAAAUGCUUCAUGCUAUUAGUACCAAGUUGUGUACUUUCUGCUUUGAUACCUACAAAGUGAUCACUGCUUAUAUCGAUACAAAGCGAGGCAGUCAUGAGCAAAUUGAACUCUCUCAUAUUCAGACAUUAAUUCGGGAAAAGGGCGAUCAGAUAUUUGAAAUGGUUGAGAGUUCCAUGUGGGAAAGUGCUCUUAGAACUCUUAAGACGCUUACAAGUGAACUUGAAACCACAUAUGCACAGGUUGAGCGAGAUGAUAAACUAGACAAGAUUACAAGCAAAGUUGCACCUUGGAUUCAACGUGCAUCUGAUAUUAAGGCUGAAGUUGUAGUCAACCAUGAAUUAGAGCAUAAAUUACAACAACACAAUGAAGAGAUUAUCAAGCUUAUUAAAGAUGUCCGACUCAAGGACCAAGCACUUCAAGAAUCGGAUGUGAAGAUUAGUUUGCUUGAAAAGAGAAUGGAAAUGGCUAAAAAGGAAGCCGAGCAAAUCAAGACACUAGAAGAGGACUUAGAGAAGUCAAUAAACCAAGAACAAAUGUAUGCUGAAGCAAUGGAGAACCUUCAGCAUGAAUAUGAUGCCUUGGAAUCGGAGAACAUUCAGCUGAAGAAGGAAGCAAGCAAGCGAGAAGAAAAGCGACAAUCUUUGUUGAGAAAGGCAACAUUUGAUCUAGCAGAAGUAGAAGGAUCAAGUGAUGUUCAAGAAAUGGCUGGUGGCUAUUACGAAAUGGCUGGACAAGUAGAAACCUUACGAGCAUCUAUACGUUAUCUUAGAGCAGAAAAUGCCCAAUUGAAGAGCGUUGAUUUUGCUAGAGCACUUGAAUUAUUGCCAUUACCUGCUCCAAAGAAGAAUGAGGAGCAAAAAGAACCUCUUGCUGAUAUUGCGAGAGAGACACGCAUGCUACUUAAAGAUAUGCGUGUUGCUAGUGCAUCUCCACGUAUUGUUCGUUUGGAACACAAUGAAAGUAAAGCCACAACACACAUGUGGCAAAGUGUAAAGAAAUCACCUGAUUAUCAAUACCAAACACAGCAUUCUGUACUAUACACACUUAAACAACGUAGUCUUCAGCUGAGACACAAAGUAGACAGCUUAAGAGAAACCAAUAAUAACUCCCUUCCAAAGCAACAAAAGGUAAGAAAUGUACAAAUAAUCACUGUAUUCAUUUCUUUUUAG